AUGUCUGAGCUGGGGCCUAUACCUCCAUUACCGUCCCGCAUAGCUGCCCUCGUUCAUGCGCAUUUCGAUGCCCUGCCCACGCGCAGCAAACCAACUAUCUUUCCCGAUGGAUCGAGGGAAUGGAUCCCAAUGACCGGGAUUGUGAUUGUAAAAGGAGAGAACACGCCCUCGGAAAGUCUGACCUGCAUUGCCGUCACGAGCGGCGCAAAAUGUCUGCCAGCAUCCCACAUCCCACGCUGUAGGGGCCUCGUACUCCACGAUUGCCACGCAGAGAUCCUGGCCAUUCGCGCAUUCAAUUACUGGCUCCUGACAGAAUGCUACGGAUUUUUGUCUAAGGAACGACAGCAGAUGACGAGCCCUCAUUUGAAUACCGGGUCAGGACUCAACCACAUAUCAGAGUCACCGUUCAUCCGAAGAAGGAAUAUCGAAAAAGCGAGUCAUGCAUCAUCCUCGCUAGCCAUAGACUGGCCACCCUUUGAGUUCCAGCCGGAUGUCACAGUAUACAUGUACUGCACAUGUGCCCCCUGCGGCGACGCAAGCAUGGAGCUGUGCAUGGCGGCGCAAGAAGACGCAACGCCUUGGGAGGUGUUACGCCAACCAGACCCCAAUUCAACGGACUUAGAAAAAGGAGAAGAAAAAAGUCCAGUCUUGUUGGACGGCCGAGCCCACUUCUCUCUUCUCGGGGUUGUUCGGCGCAAACCAGCGCGCAUGGACGCCGAAUCCACCCGGAGCAAGUCCUGUUCAGACAAAUUGGCCCUGCGCCAGGUAUCGUCCUUACUAUCGGCCGAAACCAGCCGUUUCGUCGCACCCACUGGCAAUGCAUACCUCGCUGGGCUUAUCCUGCCCGAAGCCGAGAUCAGUCGAGCCGCAUGCGAGAGAUGUUUCGGGGAGACGGGCCGGAUGCAAGCUCUGACCGGACGGUCGUGGCCUACGAGCCCUGAAGAAAACGCACAAAAAACCGCAUAUCGAUUCCACCCGUUCCGCGUUCUGUCUGUGCCAGCCGAAGAGAUCCAGGCACUUUGGCGAUUUGCGAAACCGAAGCCUAUCCCAACGUGCCCUGCAUCAUCAGCCUCGGAACAGCAGGGUGAUACCACACCCACUCAGAAGAAAAGUAAGCCGGGUAAUGUUAGCGCGGUCUGGACGGUAGCUCCCUCGUUCUCUCAUCCCUCUGCUACAGUCCCGGAUCCAGGGAGCAAGUCUUUGCCGGCUUUGCGCCGUUCCAAGACCGGGCUGUACGAGACUAUCAUUAAUGGGGUAAAGCAAGGAAAUCGUGCAACCUCGCCUCUGGCGCGUGGAGCUUCGGCUUUGUGCCGGGCGAAAUUGUGGGCUCUUGUUCAAGAGAUGGUUCAAUAUCUGGCAUCCGAUGAUGCUCAAGUUGAUGCCCGAGCCGAAGACCAUCCAGCAGAGUGCGUCGAGCCUGACAUGUCACAAAACAGCAUGCUCCAACAUAUCCAUCGAGCCGCCACCUACAGCGAAUUCAAAAAUACGCCAAGUGACAUAUUUAACCCUAUCCGGGUUCGCGUGCAGGCGAUUGAAGACGCUAAAAAGGUUCUCGAGGGAUGGAUACCCAAUUCUGGAGACGAAGGCUGGGGAUUAGAGGUUUUAGUUGACCCCAAGAAACGAAAGCGUUGA